UUGGCAAUUCUAGGUCUUUUCUAGUUCCAGAUAAACAUUUAUAGCAUUUGUGCUAUUCUCCUAAAAAAUGUGGUUGGGAUCUUGAUGGGGAUAGCAUUAAAUUUGUAGAUGGCUCUGGGUAGUAUAUUCAUUUUGAUGAUGUUAAUUCUUCCAACCCAGGAACAUGGAAUAUCUUUCCACUUCUUUGUGUCUUUUUCAAUUUCUCUGAGUAGUGACUCAUAAUACUUGUCCUUUCUUUCUCUUCCAAUUUCCUUCUGUCUCAGACAGAAAAUAAAGGAAAAAAGGGAGAAGGAGCCUCUGGUUAUGGUGGAGUCGUGUGUAAACACCAGCCCCAGUUACAACCCUGGUGGGGAAAAAAGAAGAAAAGGAAUUAAUGCCACAAACUUGAUAUGUGGUGUGACUAUUGUCAAAGUCCUAUGAGUAGUUUUGGAGUGUCCCUCUGGUAUCUUUGAAUGAGCCCAGUCUGUGAGUGACAACUUCAAGGAAAGAAACAAGAGACUCUGGCGCCAUCUGAAUGGAAGGAUUGCACAUAAUGCCACAAGAAGGACAACAUCAAGGUAGAGAGAAAGCAGAAUGGCGUUCUCAAGCACGGCUCUGGUCUGUUGCAAUGAUUUGCAUUGGGCUCCUCAGUACUUGUUUCAUUGUGGGCUGUGUGGUGACUUAUCAGUUAACAUAUGGCAAAACCAGCACAAAACUGUCUCAGCUUCAUACAUACUCAAGUCUAACCUGCUUCAGCGAAGGAACAAGGGGGGCAGAAAAAGUCUGGGGGUGUUGUCCAGGUCCCUGGAUGUCAUUUGGUUCCAGCUGUUACUUCAUUUCUACUGAGAGGAAGUUUUGGGCUAAGAGUGAGAAGAACUGCAUUGCAUUGGGGGCUCAUUUGGUGGUGAUCAACACAAAAGCAGAGCAGAAUUUCAUUAUUCAGCAUCUGAAUACAUCCUUUGCUUAUUUCCUGGGACUGUCCGAUCCACAAGGGAAUGGUGAUUGGCAGUGGAGUGAUAAGACACCUUAUAAGGAAAAUAUCAGAUUUUGGCAUAACAAUGAGCCCAACUCUCCUGAUGAGCGAUGUGCUACAAUAGUCUCCUGGGAAAAAAGAGGAUGGGCCUGGAAUGAUGUUGUCUGUGAAACCAAUGAGUAUUCUAUAUGCGAAAUGAAUAAGAUUUACUUAUAAAUAAAACUUUACUUUCACCUUUUAAA